AUGACACAAAAAAUCACAGUAUUAAUAUCAGGAUCAGGUUCAAAUUUACAAGCUAUAAUAGAUGCUAUAGAAUCCAAAAACCUAGAUGCAGAAAUUCAACAAGUUAUAUCAUCAAGUUCAGAUGCUUAUGGUUUAAAAAGAGCUGAAAAAUUUGGAAUUGAAACAAAAAUUCAUUCAUUAAAAUCAUAUUAUCAAGAUAAACCAAAAGGUGAUAGACCACAAUUACGUAAACAAUUCAAUAAAGAUUUAGCAAAUUUAAUUAUAUAUGGGUCCAAAGAUGAAAAUGAUCCAUUCCCAGGUUAUAAAAAACCAGAUUUAAUUGUUUGUGCAGGAUGGAUGUUAAUCUUAUCACCUGAAUUUUUAUUACCUUUAGAAGAUGAAGAAAUAGAUAUCAUUAAUUUACAUCCAGCAUUACCAGGUGCCUUCGAGGGGACACAUGCAAUUGAUCGUGCUUGGAAAGCUGCUCAAGAUGGUGAAAUUACUAAAGGUGGUGUUAUGAUUCAUUAUGUUAUUCAAGAAGUUGAUAUGGGGAAACCUUUUGUUAUUAAAGAAAUUGAAAUUCCAAAGGGAAUUUCUUUAGAAGAUUAUGAAGAAAAAGUUCAUAAAGUUGAACAUAUUGCUAUUGUUGAAGGAACAAUUAAAGCUUUGAAAGCUAUAAAAGAUAGAAAAUGA